CGGCGGCGGGAGCGCCAGGGGCGUGUUCUGCCCGCGGAUUGGCCGGAAACAAGCGCCGCUGCGGGGCCCGCGGAAAACGCGCGCCGAGACCCGCUGCUGCGGUAUUAGUUCUUGCAGCUGGUGGUGGCGGCCGAGGCGGCAUGGAUCUCAGCGAGCUGGAGAGAGACAAUACGGGCCGCUGUCGCCUGAGUUCGCCUGUGCCCGCGGUGUGCCGCAAGGAGCCUUGCGUCCUGGGCGUCGAUGAGGCUGGCAGGGGCCCCGUGCUGGGCCCCAUGGUCUACGCCAUCUGUUAUUGUCCCCUGUCCCGCCUAGCAGAUCUGGAGGCGCUGAAAGUGGCAGACUCAAAGACCUUAUUGGAGAGUGAGCGGGAAAGGCUGUUUGCGAAAAUGGAGGACAGGGACUUUGUCGGCUGGGCGCUGGAUGUGCUGUCUCCAAACCUCAUCUCUACCAGCAUGCUUGGGCGGGUCAAAUACAACCUGAACUCCCUGUCACAUGAUACAGCCACUGGGCUUAUACAGUAUGCAUUGGACCAGGGCGUGAACGUCACCCAGGUAUUCGUGGACACCGUAGGGAUGCCAGAGACAUACCAGGCGCGGCUGCAGCAAAGUUUUCCCGGGAUUGAGGUGACGGUCAAGGCCAAAGCAGAUGCCCUGUACCCGGUGGUUAGUGCUGCCAGCAUCUGUGCCAAGGUGGCCCGGGACCAGGCCGUGAAGAAAUGGCAGUUCGUGGAGAAACUGCAGGACUCGGAUACUGAUUAUGGCUCAGGCUACCCCAAUGGGAGGACUCAGCACCCGAGGAUCAGGAGGGACUCAGGAAGAUCACAUCCUACUUCCUCAAUGAAGGGUCCCAAGCCCGUCCCCGUUCUUCCCACCGAUAUUUCCUGGAACGUGGCCUGGAGUCAGCAACCAGCCUCUAGCAGCUGCCUCUACGCACUCUACCUGCCUCCCCAACCCAGACAUUAAAAUUGUUUAAAGAGAACCACACAUAGGGGAUGUACUUUUGGGAGAGAAGCGAGGGGAGUGUGCUCUGCAGCCGGGUCCAGCUACUUCCUUUUGGAACCUUAAACAGAAUGGGUGUUGGUUGAUUGAUUUUA